AUGCCGACCCUCAGACAUGGAAGCCUCUCAGGGGCAGACUUUGUGCUGGAGGGAUUUGAAGGUGGACCUGAGAUCCAAGCCCUGCUCUUUGCGGUGUUCCUGGCCCUGUACGUGGUCACCGUCCUGGGCAACGUCAUCACGAUCCUGCUCAUCACCGUGGAGGUCCGCGUGCACUCCCCCACAUACUUCCUCCUCACGAGCCUGUCCUUCCUGGACCCGUGCCACUCCUCCGUCAUCGCGCCCGAGGCCCUCUCCAACUUCCUCUCGGCAACCAAGGUCAUCUCCUCUGCCGGCUGUGCCACCCAGUUCUUCUUUUUCUCUUUCCUGGUCACCACUGAGGGCUUCCUGCUGGCUGUGAUGGCCUAUGACCGCUUCAUGGCCACCUGCAGUCUGCUGCGGUGCCCCGUGACCGUGUGCCCCACAAACUGCGCCCGCCUGGUCAUGGGCACGUACUGCGGAGGCUGCAUCAAUGCCACCGUGCAGACCAGCCUCACGUUCCAGCUCCCCUUCUGCAGCUCCCACCGCAUCGACCACUUCUGUGACGCGCCCCUGCUCCAGCUGGCCCGUGCCGACACGGCCCUCAACCAGCUCGUCAUGUUUGACCUCUGCAGGCUCAUCAUCGUGGGCACCACUCUCGUGGUCCUGGUCUCCUACAGCUGCAUCACAGUGACCAUCUUCAGGAUGCGCUCGGCAGCCGGGCGGCGCAAGGUCUUCUCCACCUGCGGCUCCCACAUGACGGCUGUGUCCCUGUUUUAUGGGACUGUGUUUGUCAUGUACGCCCAGCCAGGGGCUGUGGAGUCCAUGGAGCAGGGCAAGGUGGUCUCCAUCUUCUACACCCUGGUCAUCCCGAUGCUCAAGCAGCUCAUCUACAGUCUGCGGAACAAGGACAUGAAGGAGGCCCUGCAAAGGCUGGGACAGAGUCGCGCGGCCACAUGA